AUGGUUUGGUCUGGUGAACAACGUGGCUUUGCCGUCCGUACAUUUUUUGAAAAUGGUCGAUCGUUCGUCGCAACUCAGCGAGCGUUCCGGCUGCAGUUUAACCUUGCGCGUCAUGAUACCGUCCCUCACCGUAAUGUUAUCGCGAAUUGGGUGCGUACAUUUGAAGAAACUGGAUCUACACUAAGACUUAGAGGUUCAGGAAGACCCAAAACGGUAAGAACACCUGAAAAUUUGAUAAGAGUGAGUGAAGCUUUUGUGCAGUCGCCUACGCGUUCUGCCCGGAAACAUUCAAUUGCAUUGGGCAUUUCUAAUCGGUCAGUAAGGAGGAUUUUGCACCAAGACUUAUUCUUCCACCCCUACAAAAUUAUGAUUGUCCAAGAGUUGAGUCCACCCGACUAUGAAAAUCGCAUGAAUUGCUCACAAGAAAUGUUGAACCGGAUCCAUGUGAGGUCAACAUUUUUCAGUAGUGACGAGGCUCACUUUCAUCUCAGUGGGGCGGUGAAUAAGCAAAAUUUUCGCUAUUGGGCAGAAAAUAAUCCACGGCAAAUUCACGAGACACCUCUUCACUCUCCAAAAGUGACCGUGUGGUGUGCGAUUUCAAAAUUUGGGGUGAUUGGGCCUUAUUUUUUUGAGGAGAAUGGACAAACCGUAACUGUCAACGCUGAACGUUACGUUUCCAUGUUGGACAAUUUUUUUGAACCUCAAUUGGAAGAGUUAAUGGAAGAAACAAAUAUGGGGGACAUCUGGUUCCAACAGGACGGGGCUACAGCACAUACUGCUCGAGUUUCAAUGACGAAGCUGCGACAGAUGUUCCCUACACAUCUCGUCUCUCUGAGGGGUGAUUUGAGGUGGCCUGCGCGCUCACCAGACUUGAGCAUUUGUGAUUUUUUCUUGUGGGGCUACCUGAAGGAAAAGGUUUUUAAACAUCGGCCUCACACGUUGGAAGAACUCAAAGACCGAAUUAGGGAGGAAAUUGGCGCUAUACCAGUCGAAAUGUGUCAAAAUGCGGCAGAAAAUUUCAGAAAUCGCCUUCAUCAGUGUAUCGCUGCUGGCGGCCAUCAUCUUUCUGAUGUCAUUUUUAAAACUUGA